UUUUUGGAUCAGCGGCUGGUUACGUUUUACGCGACGGACAAACGACCGCAGGAUCGCCCGCUGCAGCUGUGCGAACGCAGUCCUAGGAGUCCCUCGCAUACCCAUCAUUACUCGCCAACCUACUGACUCUGUGUCGGUCGACAGACACACCCUUACCCACGAUCUCUUCUACCGGCUUACAUGAGUUAUGACCGGCAGGCAGACGUGCCUUCGGGCAGGUCUGCAGCCAACCGAGAUGCAGAUGGAGCAAAAAGGGGGGGCUCUGUGCGGGCAGCUCGAGAAAGACUCCACGCACAGCGUCACCAAGCUCCAGGGGGAUCUCCAGAACGAACACGCAUCGUGGGACUACCGGCACGACCAAACCAGUUGGUGUCCCACUUCUCUGUGCAGAAGCCCCAGCAGAUGCCAACUCCGCCCUCGAGUAGCGAAGGUCUUGCUACGGCAGUAUCACCGACGCCACAAUGGCCAUUGCCCAACGACGCCGACGAUGCCAUCGAUGGCUCUGCGUCUCAAUCUCAGGCGCGGUCCACAGACCGUAGACCUCCUCCUCAACGGCCGCCAAGACCGAGUUAUGUUCCCGACAUCGUAAACCACCCCAGACCGACAGACCUGCCUACACAACAGCCUCAGCCAGUUGCGAUGGUCCCGGAACUGACCUAUCAGGAUGAUGAUUAUCUGUCGCCCUCAUACGGAACGAUGUCGUCAAGUUCGAGACCCUUGACCCAAUCCUCGGCUGCUUCGGAAGUCUCCUCAUUAGGCUCAAUACCAGACUUCCCUAUCCCUGCCCAACCGCUUCCUCGGCGGAGUCCAAAUAUCGGUCCACCACCCUCUGCACGUCGAGGUCCAUCGUCGUACUAUUCGCAAAUGUCAUAUGUUUCGCCCAUUGCGGAAGAGGCUGAAAUAAACCGGUCGCACCACGGCUCCUACGCGUCAAGUAAUGUAAUACCAUCGAAUGUACAAGAUUUCUAUUUCGACGAAGAUGCGUCACCUUCAGACGACGACAGACCAAUCUCAGUCGAGAAUGGACGGGAAUCGCGAGCAGGCGACCACGAUGAGCAAAGUGGACUGGUUCGACAAGCAAGUAUUGGCAGGCGAACCAAACCUUCUUUGACGACAAUCAAGUCAGGUGACAGUCUCCGAGUCGACGAUCGUGCUUCCAGCAAACGCAAGGCGGAGAAAAAGAAGCAGGGGUUAGUUGCGCAAGCCGCCAUUGCUGCGGGUGCCACAGGCGGUGCGUUUGCCGCCGGUAUGGGUGCAGCACGAGAGCAGCAAGUCUCCCGGAAUUCGUCGCGCGGCUCUGGAGGGCCUGGGAGCGGGUCAUUGAAUAGUGGAACAGGCCUCCUCGAUCCUUCGUCUUCAUCCUCCGAGUCUCUAGACUCUAUGAAGCCUAAAAAGAACAAAUCCGCAGGAGAGCUGAGACCAAUACCAGCUCAAACGCGUUCCCGCUCUCCUCUAGCUCCCCUCGACUCGAAGCCCGCCCACAGUCCUCGCGACUAUGAAAAGGAAGACGUGGACUCUCCAACUCACCCAUUGCAGAUGCCGACGCGACAGCCGUCGUCAUUAGCGGAACGUGUUGGAAAACGAAGACCUCCUCGCCUGAACGUUGAUGCUGUCAGGGAGGCCGAAGCACGAGGCAGCUUGACUAGUCUUCCGGAUCUCAUCAGACGUGCGACACGCCUUGCAGCGAACCUUGAUCGUGGUAAGACAGCCAGCAGACUAGGGAUGGACUUCUUCGCCGCUUCCGACCUUGAGAAGAGAGACGGAGAACACCGCACAUCUGGUUCAUUAUCUGAUAUUCUGGCAUCAUUCCCGCCGCCUGGUCUUGCAACUCCUACCGGCGAUUACUCUCCAAAUAACCGGCAUAUGUCAAGAUGGCCAUCAGGUCUAGCAAUGGCCGAGACGGCUUCGAUGGGCGACGCGGAACCCAGGAAAUCUGAGCGUCGUCGCCGACGGUGCUGUGGUAUGCCUUUAUGGGCGUUCAUCCUUCUCUUGAUCGUUUUGUUGCUCCUCGUUGCAGCCGCCGUCGUCAUCCCAAUCGUUCUGAUCGUCCUUCCGAGAAUGAGAGACAACAAGCACUCCGCAUCGAAUCCGGGAGCGACUAGCCAAGCUAGCCAAUGCGCCGCGUCUCUCGCGUGCCAGAAUGGUGGUGUAGCAAUCGUCAACCCAGACGCCUCGUGCAGCUGCCUAUGUACUAACGGUUUCACUGGUAAAACAUGUACCAGCGGUACCGACUCAGGUUGUACUACCCAGGAUGUGGAUGGCAUCAAGAGCGCUACUCUAGGCAACGCCCUACCUCGCUUAUUGGAAGACUCGCAAGCAAACUACAGCAUCCCUUUGAACGCUUCGCUCAUUCUUUCCCUCUUCUCCUCCACCAACCUCAGCUGCACCUCGGAAAACGCCCUCGUCACCUUCAAUGGCCUAUCCUCCCGCUCCGUUGACUUUAACCUACCUCUUCUCAACAACGUGGACUCACCGCCAGCCUUGUCAGCCUCAAUCCCAGCUUUGACGCCACGUCCCGAGGCCCGUCACAUCCAGGUUCGUCAAGACCGCGCCACCAGCAACGGCCUCAUCAUCGCGGCUUCGGCAACUUCGCCUCCCACUUCAACCCGCACUAGUGGUGGGUCUCCAGCGGCGACCGAGACCCUCGCCACCGUGAAUAACGCCACCGCGCUCGACUUUGCCCGUGUGGGUGUACUUCUCGUCCUACAAGAGUCUCGCGAAAUAAACACGGCGGUCGCGGCGCAAGAGAACCUGCAGACCUUCUUUGAGGGACGCGGCGACAACAGUGACAAUGCUGGCAGCGUCGACCUGGGAAGCAAUUUCUCGAUUGAUCUCGUCAACCUCACAAUCAGUCUAAGCAAUGGGACUAUAGUUGGCUCUAGUGCAGCUGGAAACGCGACAAAGACUCAUUGAUGCAUCAGAAAAGGAACUCCAUCAAUCGCCUAGUUGUCCCUUAUUUAUACCCCGAACCCAGUACCCGAUCCUGAUACCCGAUAGCUUGUGCACGAUGCCCGCCAUACAUGCCUUAUCAAACCUCCCUCCAUAUCUUUUUACAUUCUUCUAUCUACCACUAUUUU